UAUUCGAACUAGACGGCGUUUCAAGAUCACUUGAGGCCAAACCAAUGCAGCUGUAUCGCCCAAAUCACCACCGAGACUCAAUCCAAAACAGCCUUACUGAUUGGUCAUCGUAGGCUCUCUAUGGACCCUCAGUGCGACGCUUUUGUCAUUGUGAUUUUUUAGUUCUAGAUGCAGUUCAGUUCAUCAUUCCGUCACACGAGAGGGGUACACAUUACAGGGACUUUCAGAGCGGGAGAACGGUCACGGAAAUAGAAAAGCCAAUCCCAAAGAUACAACUGCAAGGGGUGUUGGCCAAACAAAUGGGCCGAACAAUGAGGAUGCAUUUUGUGAAUCUCGGCGACAAUGGUCAGUACGAUCAGUUUCUAAGAGACAGACAGAAACUUGUUGAGCAAGUUGACGGAAUAGUGAGGUUUCAGGAUCUUCUGUUAGCUGUUGAGCUCGAGGUAGCAAAACUUUACUACAUACAAAACAGGAAGGAAGACUGUUUGGCAAAGUGUAGAGAUGUCUGUGAACGCGCAACUCACCUCAACUCGGGCAACUGGCCGUUUCUUCUUACGAGAGCAUUUUACAUCAUCUCUGCUGUUUACCGACAAACCAAGGAAUUUGACUUGGCCAACGAGUAUAUGGACAAGUCCUCAGAGUGUCUGGAGCCCGCUUUUCUAAGUGAAGAAAACGCAGUGAACAGGUACAAUGCAGCAGCCCUGUUGGCGGAGAAAUCAGCUGCUGUUGGCUUAACAGCCGACGAAGAGCGAAAGGCCGAGCGACUGUUUGAGGAAGUUGCGGAAAUUUGGUCGCAGCAGAAAGAGAACGACAGCAUGAGAUGUGUUAUAAGGGGCUACAACAGGAUGAUCAUGUAUUUUUUAAAGACUUCCCGCGCGAGAUUUCCUGAUUUACGUAAAGAAGUCUCUGAAGUUAACAUUGCCAAAGCAGGCAUUGCUAUCCAGAAAGUAGAGAGGAAUCUACUUUCUCAAUGUCCCAAGAGAUUGAAAGCCACGUUCCUAAUCGGGAAGGCAGACUACUUCAUCCGUAGGGCGACUAGGAGAGGGUUAGGCGUAUCGGAGGGAGAGAGGAAUCUGGAUUUCCAAAGAGCCAAAGAUGAACUUGACAAGGCGAUGCGGAUUUCCCGAGAGCUUAUGAUGCACAAGGAGAUCGAAGGAAUAGAAGAUCGGACGAGAACUAUUCAAGACCUGAUUACACGUGGUCUACGGUGGUUUGAUGACCCACCUCCCCCGGAGCCUGCGGAGGGCAACGAGCCAGGGGAGGGAAACACGAAUGAUCUGGAAGAUUUGUUUCAGAACCUGCUGAUUAGUGAG